AUGAACGACCUCCGCAUACUCAUCGAAGCUACGAGCACCUCAGGGCUAAUUCUGAGGUGUAUAGCAGCUCUAGCGGUAACAACGAUCAUUUACUCGUUGAUCCGAGCCGCAAUCUCCCCGUUGAAAUCCGUGCCGGGGCCCUUCGCAGCACGCUUCAGUCGACUUUGGUAUCUGCAAAAGGUCUGGACUGGAGAGCUCCCACGGUUGAACGCCGAUUUGCACCGCAAAUAUGGCCCAGUGGUGCGUCUGGCACCAAAUGAAUACUCACUCGAUGACCCCGCUGCUAUCAAGACUAUCUAUGGCCUGGGCACGACGUUUACAAAAGGCCCCUGGUAUACAGCGAGUGGGCUGCCUUUUAAAAAGGACUGGAAUAUGUUCCAGAUGCCCGAAAAUGAUAAACACAUUGAAAUCAGGAAGAAGCUAGCAGGACUAUAUACGAUGUCGUCACUCCUCAAGAUGGAAGUACAGGUUGACGAAUGCAUAGCCUUAAUCGAGACCAGGUUUCGCGAACUUGCUCGGGCUAGUGCUGCUCUCGACCUGCAGCAGUGGAUGCAAUGCUAUGCUUUCGACGUUAUUGGGAACAUAACGGUAGCAAAACGCUUCGGCUUCCUCGAUGCUGGAAAAGACGAGAUGAACCUGAUCCAGUCCUUGGACUUCUUCCUUGUGUAUGCCGCCCGCGUUGGCAUCUAUCCAGAAUUGCACAAGUAUCUGUUCAUAUAUGGGGCCGCAGGGGCUCGAGCAAUGAUAAAGAUUAUGAAGUUUGUUCGGGAAGAAAUGAAUCAUUAUGCGGCGGACAAGCCCAUUGGUGAUAACUUUUUCCUGGCACGAGCCCUACGAUUGCACAAGGAGAAGCCCGAAUACUUCACAGACACUGAAGUGUACAACACUACCGCGGCAAAUAUUAAUGCUGGUAGCGAUACGACAAGUAUCAGCCUUACUGCCGUGAUGUGGAAUUUGUUGAAGCACCCUGAGGCGUUCGCCAAGCUACGAGCUGAGAUCGAUGAGAUGAUUGCGAAUGGAGACAUCACCGAGAGUGUUACCUUCAGCGACACUCAGAAAAUGCCUUACCUACAGGCAGUCAUCAAAGAGAGUUUGAGAAUACAUCCUGCAGCGGGCUUGCCAUUGCAGAGGGUGGUUCCUAAAGGAGGAGUUGAGCUCGCAGGCCAAUUCUUCCCUGAAGGGACAUACGUGGGCAUCAAUUCCUGGGUCGCACAUCGCAAUUCCGAAGUGUUCGGCGAACGUGUCGAUGACUUUCGGCCGGAAAGAUGGCUCACUGGCGACGAGGAGACAAAACGCAAGAUGGAGCGAUACUUUCUUACGUUUGACUUCAAGCUGGAAGACCCAAAUGCGCAACUUAAAACGUACAAUGCGUGGUUUGUGAAGCAGGCAGACUUGAAGGUGACAGUGAGAGAGAGGCGGCACUGA